AUGGAGAAUUGCGAUUUUGCUUAUAGAAUUUUAGAAGAACCUUCAAACGACGAGAGUUGCAAGAGGAAGAACAAGAAAACAAAGGCAAAUAGGGAAAGAUCAAACAAGCCAUCAAAGAAACUAAAGAAGAAAAGAAGCAACAAGGUGGAACUCCCGUUGGCGUUUAAAGAAAAAAUUGAACAAAUGGGAGGCGAUGAGGUGAAGUUCGUGAUCGAGAAGGAACUAACCAACAAUGAUGUGACCGAAACCAAUGGUCGUCUCUCCGUCCCAAAAGGAAAGAUUAACGAGAGUUUUCUAACACCAGUGGAGGAAUCGUACUUGAAUUAUGAGCGUAAUAAACAAGAGAAGAUUGUUGAUAUUUAUGUAUCUCUGUUGGAUCAUGAUCUUAACCUUUGGGAUGAAAUAUGCUUAAAGAAGUGGAAAAUGGAGACCGCUGAAGUCUACAAUAUCACAGAUGGAUGGAACGAACUUGUAGCAGAUAACAAAUGGAAAAAAGGCCAAAAGGUGUUGGUGCAACUUUGGUCUUUCAGACGCAACCACAAGCUCUACUUUGCACUCUUCAAGCUUUCAAAAGACGAGUAG